CCACUCCCGCCCCCGGCUUCGCCUCCCGCAGCCGCCGCCGCCGCCGCCGCCGCUGCAGCCGCCGCUUCCCGCGGCUUGGGCCUCCCGCUGCCAGCAUGCCGCACGCCUUCAAGCCCGGGGACUUGGUGUUCGCCAAGAUGAAGGGCUAUCCCCACUGGCCGGCCAGGAUUGAUGACAUCGCUGAUGGUGCCGUGAAGCCACCGCCCAACAAGUACCCCAUCUUCUUCUUUGGUACACACGAAACAGCCUUCCUGGGACCCAAGGACCUGUUUCCCUACGACAAAUGUAAAGAUAAGUACGGGAAACCCAACAAGAGAAAAGGCUUCAAUGAGGGACUGUGGGAGAUCCAGAACAAUCCCCAUGCCAGCUAUAGCGCCCCUCUGCCAGUGAGUUCCUCCGAGAGCGAAGCCCCAGAAGCCGACCCGGCAGGCAGGAGUGAGGACGACGGGGACCGUGGGGUCAUGGCCGUCACUGCCGUGACUGCUGCAGCCGCCAGCGACAGGAUGGAGAGCGACUCGGACUCAGACAAGAGCAGCGACAACAGCGGCCUGAAGCGGAAGGCAUCGGCCCUAAAGAUGUCAGUCUCAAAACGAGCCCAGAAGGCCUCCAGCGACCUGGAUCAAGCCAGUGUGUCCCCAUCUGAGGAGGAGAACUCGGAAAGCUCGUCGGAGUCGGAGAAGACCAGUGACCAGGACUUCACUCCCGAAAAGAAAGCCGUGGUCCGUGCACCACGGCGUGGCCCCCUUGCAGGACGGAAGAAAAAGAAGGCGCCGUCGGCCUCGGCAUCGGACUCCAAAGGGGAAUCAGACGGGGCCAAGGGUGAGCCGGUGGCUGUGCCCAGGCCCGCGUCCUCCUCCGCGUCCUCCUCCUCCUCCUCCUCCUCUGACUCGGAUGUGUCCGUGAAGAAGCCUCCCCGGGGCAGGAAGCCAGCGGAGAAGCCUCCCCCGAAAGCCCGCGGGCGGAAGCCGAAGCCUGAGCGGCCCCCGAGCAGCUCGAGCAGCGACAGCGACAGCGACGAGGUGGACCGCAUCAGCGAGUGGAAGCGGCGGGACGAGGAGCGGCGCCGGGAGCUGGAGGCCCGGCGGCGGCGCGAGCGGGAGGAGGAGCUGCGGCGGCUGCGCGAGCGCGACAAGGAGGACAGGGAGCGGCGGCGCGAGCGGGCCGAGCGCGGGGAGGCCCCCGCGGGCAGCGGGGCCAGCAGCGGCGACGAGCUCCGGGAUGAGGACGAGCCCGUCCGGAAGCGCGGCCGCAAGGGCCGGAGCCGGGGCCCCCCGUCCACCUCCGACUCGGAGCCCGGGGCCGAGCUGGAGAGAGAGGGAAAGAAAUCAGCUAAGAAAUUGCAACCGCAAAGCACAGAGCCCACGAGGAGGCCCAGCCAGAAGGAGAAGAGGGGGCGCCCAGAGGAGAAACCCCGAACUAGGCCCAUGAAGGUGGAACGGACCCGGAAGCGGUCAGAAGGGUUCCCAUUGGACCGGAAGGUGGAGAAGAAGAAAGAGCCUUCCGUGGAGGAGAAGCUCCAGAAACUGCACAGCGAGAUCAAGUUUGCCCUGAAGGUCGACAAUCCGGACGUCAAGAGGUGUCUGAAUGCACUAGAGCAGCUGGGGACCCUGCAGGUGACCUCGCAGAUCCUGCAGAAGAACACCGAUGUGGUGGCCACAUUGAAAAAGAUUCGCCGUUACAAGGCCAACCAGGAGGUGAUGGAGAAAGCCGCAGAGGUCUAUACCCGGCUCAAGUCACGGGUCCUGGGGCCAAAGAUCGAGGCCAUCCAGAAGGUGACCAGAACCGGCGCAGAAAAGGAGAGGGCCGAGGUGGAGAAGGCUGAGGAGGCGCUGGCUGGAGAGGAGACCCCUGUGGAGAGGUCCGAGGACCAGGCGAAUGCUGACCUCUCAGCCUCCGUGAAUGGCGAGGCCAUGUCCCAGAAGGGAGAGAACGCAGAGGACAAGGAACAGGAGGAAGGCCAGAACUCGGAGGAGGGCCCAGGGUGCGGCUCCUCUGAAGACGUGUUACACAACGACACGCAGGAGGGGCCCGACCUGGAUGGGCUGGGGAAGGAGCGGCCGGAGCUGGAGAGGAUUCAGAUGGACUCAGAGUCCCUGGACGACGAGGACAGCUGAGCCCCGGGCAGCCCUGCCCCGUCCCCCGAGGAUGCCCCGGCCGCCCAGGCAGCAGACUGUUGGGGAUUUGCUGUGCUGUUCCUUUGUAUUUGUCCCCUUGGGGUUUUUUUUCUGCCUAAUUUCUGUGAUUUCCAAACAACAUGAAAUAACUAU